AUGGCAUCAGGAAACUUUGGAUCAAAGAGCACGGAACCCGGAAAAAAGCAAGAUGUUGGGAAGGUUUAUGAAGGAAAGCAAGUGGGAAGUAGAGACGAACAAGGAAAUGUUUUUGCAUAUCCUCAACUUCCGUAUCCGGCUCCAAAUUGGGCAGUGCCCAAUAACUUCGUUUUUCCAGGCCAUUUCGCCGGAAUGUGCGAUAUAAGCAAACGUAUUCCAGUCAGUUAUUUCCCUCCGCCAAUCGGUUUUCCACAAAUGCCAGCUGACAAUGGACAAAUGCCAAUGGAAGACAGUGCACAGCUAGUGGCAAAAGAUAUCGCCCGUAUGUCAGUAAAGGGUGUCGACUGGUGGUCAGAUGCUCCAAUGCCAGAUGAAGUCGGUGGUUUUAUUAGAUUUCAACCCAAUGAUGAGAAUCAGCGACCCACCACUGAGAAUCAGCGACCCGCCCCUAUGACUGAAAUGACUGAAAAAGAAAAGAGGGAUGUGGAAACCUUCUUGAACUACCAUCCCACUGGUGAAAGCAAACUCAUUGUGGUUCAUCCUGUGGAAGGUGAAGAAAUAGUUCUUGAGCCGGAACAUGACAAUCAAGGAUACUGGUGUUCUGUUCAAUUGAAUGAUUGCAAAACAAUGAAGGGAAAACCAUUCCUUACAAGAAACAUGGAAUUCGUGGUUGACAGUCUUGAAACAUCAGUUGUAUCUGAUGAUAAGAGAAUGGCAUUGAUGGGUCUUCCAAUGUCAGAAAAGGGUAAACAUAACUCGAUAAAAACUUCGUUCAAAGACGGAAUCAAAGUAUACUGUACCGGUGGAACAGUAAAAGUCUCUGUUCUUUCCGAUGUCACCAUUUUCGUUCAAUCUCCAUUCUGGAAUCAUGCUAAUGGACAAGACCUAGCAGCCGUCACAAGGCUCGGUAGCAAUCAGCCUCGACCAGUUAUCUUUACCGUAUUCGAUUUCGAACAAUUCAAAACUCACUUGGAGAGAGCCAAACAACAUCCGCCAACUGAUGAGAUGAACGAGUUCCUUCAAAGCAUUUGUGGAUUCAAUGUCUCAGUUUCGAAAGGAUUCGGGCCGGAUUACGGGAACAGAACCAUUUUCGAAACGUGCUGUUGGUUGUCAAUCAAGUUUACUGAUCCUCUCUUGCUCUUUGACAAAUAUUACCGGCAAUACCGACUGGCCCCCGACGAAAUCAACUCUCGAACCUAG